CAUUCACAUACGCGGAAAAAGAAAAGAAAAAGAUAAUAAAAAAAAAGCGAAUCGUUUUACUUACCUCUCUUUGAAACCGACGGUGGUCUUUUUCGCCGGAGAAGAUGAAGCAGAGAACCUGGCCUUGUAGAUCUGAAGGAUCUAGAUUCACCUCCUUAUCGUUUUUGAAACCUCAAGAAAAGGAAAAACGCACUAGAUUUUCUUCAAUCAACAGAGCAACGGCGAAGUCAAGCACAAGCUCAAGGUCUUCUUCUUCUUCAUCUCCUCUAUCGAAUGAGAUCGGUGGAGAUUUCUCGAUGCUUCCGUUUGAUAUACUGAUGAAGAUCGCUGCACCGUUUAGUCAUCCGAAUCUUCAAGCGGCGUCGUCGGUAUGUAAAUCGUGGAGAGACGCGCUAAAGCCGUUGAGAGAGUCGAUGUUGUUGCUUCGGUGGGGGAAAAAGUUCAAACACGGAAGAGGAGGUGUGCGAGCGAAUCUCGAUAAGGCUCUUGAUUCGUUUCUGAAAGGAGCUGCGCGUGGAUCCACGCUCGCUAUGGUCGACGCUGGGCUUGUGUAUUGGGAAACGGGAGAGAAGGAGAAAGCGAUGAGUCUGUAUCGGAGAGCUGCAGAGCUUGGUGAUGCUGUUGGUCAAUGUAAUUUAGGGAUUUGUUAUCUUCAAGUUCAACCUUCAAAUCCGAAGGAGGCGAUGAAAUGGCUGAAACAAUCUGCAGAGAAUGGUUACGUUCGAGCACAGUAUCAGUUAGCUCUUUGUUUACAUCAAGGCCGGGUCGUGAAAACCAAUCUGCUAGAAGCUAGUAAAUGGUACCUAAAGGCAGCAGAAGGUGGGUAUGUACGAGCGAUGUAUAACAUUUCGCUUUGUUAUUCGGUUGGAGAAGGCUUACCACAAAAUCGCAAGCUAGCAAGAAAAUGGAUGAAACGAGCAGCUGAUCACGGCCACUCUAAAGCUCAGUUUGAACACGGCCUUGCUCUAUUUUCUGAAGGGGCGAUGCUGAAAUCUGUACUUUACUUAGAACUCGCUGAACGUGGUGGCGAAUCAGCUGCUACUCACAUCAAGGAAGUGAUACACCAACAGCUUUCUGCAACUUCUCGUGGUCAUGUCAUAAACCAAGCCAGUAACUGGCGUCCUCUACCAGCUACUCGCUGACUCCUUACAGUGAGGUCAAUGUGAUUGGCUCGUUACAUGUCCAUAACUUAUAUUCCAAUUUGGCCAUGUUUUCAAUGACAACCUUAUUUCAGAUUUCGACUUGUAUAGUUCUCACUCAUGUUUAAAUCCAAAUGGUCCGACUGAUACAUGAAUCUACAAACUCUGAAGUCAAAAA